UGGACAAGAGCUAAUUAAGCAGCUACCACACCACCGCACUUAGCUCACUCGUCCGUCGGUACCUGUCAAACAACCAGUUCGUUGCCACACCAUGCGGACUCCUGCCAGCUUCAUCCACUCCACCACCCCAGCUCCCACGUCCAGCUCGUCGUCUUCGACCUCGGCCACGGUCUCCAUCGACCCCGACAUGGUGGUCAUCCUGGCCUCCCUCCUCUGCGCCCUCAUCUGCGUCGUCGGCCUCGCCCUCGUCGCGCGAUGCGCCUGCCGCCGCGCUCACCGCUCCUCCCCCUCUACCACCACCGGCAUCAACUCUCGAUCGCACCUCCCUCGGAAAGGCUUGAAGAAGAAGGCCAUCGACGCGCUCCCCGUCACCGCUGCCUCUGGCUCUGGACAAGGGGAAGAGCUGGAGGAUCAGUGCGCUAUCUGCCUGGCCGACUUCGCCGCCGGGGAGCAGCUCCGCGUGCUGCCGCAGUGCGGCCACGCCUUCCACGUCGCUUGCGUCGACACCUGGCUCGGAGCACACGCCACCUGUCCCUCCUGCCGCGCCACCAUCCUCGACUCCUCGUCAUCAUCAUCGUCAUCGCCGCCGCCGCCAGUCCCGGGCCGGUGCCGGAGGUGCGGAGCGACCUGCGUCGACGACAACGCUCCUGCUGCUGCUAUGGACGAGAGCGGCUUCUUGCCGUAGCUUCCUAGAUCAUUAGCUCCAAGUCUCCAACUCUCCAGCAACUUUCCAUCCUUGUUGCUUCUGAAUUAAUUUGGUACUCGAUUAGUUACCUAGCUCGCCGAGAUGAUGUUUAGUAUCGGUACGUAUACUUAGUCAAAGAAAGAAAUCAAGUGUGUGUAGAUUUAUCAUCAUUAUACUUACGGAUGUACAGCUUGUAUGUAUUAACUCUCAGAUGAUUUCGUGCACAAAUUAUAUAUUCGGAAUCUGGCUUGAA